GUAGACAUGGUUAUCAAGAGAGUUAGCAGCUAGAUGUCCAAAGACUACCACAAAGAUGACAACAAGCCAAUCAAAUUUCAUGCCUGUGGUAAUCUCCCAGUUGUAUGCAUAUCAGAGGGUAGUGAAUCCAGUGAGCAAUUUGAGGACAAUAAUACUGACAUGAAAGAGGUUGUAACAUUAGAUGAACAAAACUGUGCUGCUAUCAAAAUUCAGGCCAGCUGGAGAAAUUACCUAGUUCAACGAAAUUUGAGGAGAGCACCAUCACCUAAAGAAGAAGGAUUCACAGAUGAGCAAUACCUCUCUGCUUUGAUCAUCCAAAACUUUUAUCGUGACUACAUCACGGAAAAGCGACUCAAAGUCAAACAAGAAAAAGCUGCUCAGGUGAUCCAACAUCAUUACCGACAGUACUUAAGAAAAAGUGAGGAAGAGUUUGAGGCUGAUUUGGAACGUGCUGCUCAAAUUGCCCAACAAAGUUAUAAUCAACUGCAGUCAGAAAAUGAGAGCAACACUGCAUUGAUUGGCGAUUCUAAGUCAAAGGAUUCUCCAGUGAUACCAAGCUCACACGAAGAACAAAAUUCCAAUGAAGAUGUUAGACAAAAUGAAGCUGCAGUCACUAUUCAAAGAAAGUAUAAAAAGCGUUUAAGAAUACAAAAGAAGAAGCUCUCUUUAGAAAAGACGAAUAAAGCAGCCAUAUCUAUAUAUAUACAAAAACAAUUUCGAAAAUAUUACACAGAAAAGAAUAAUGCUGCUAUCAAAAUUCAGACUCAAUACAGAUAUCAUUUAGAAAACAAGAAAGCUAUUGCUGCAGGUCUAGAAAUUGAUAACAAUGCUGCUAUCAAAAUACAGACUCAAUACAGAUCUCAUUUAAAAAAUAAGAAAGCUGUUGCUGCAGAUCUAGAAAACAAGAAAGCUAUUGCUGCAGGCCUAGAAAUUGAUAACAAUGCUGCUAUCAAAAUACAGACUCAAUACAGAUCUCAUUUAAAAAAUAAGAAAGCUAUUGCUGCAGAUCUAGAAAACAAGAAAGCUAUUGCUGCAGGUCUAGAAAUCAAGAACAAUGCUGCUACCAAAAUUCAGAGUAAAUACAGAUCUCAUUUAGAAAACAAAAAAGCUAUUUCUGCAGAUUUAGACACUAAGAACAACAACAUGGAAUAUUCUUUUGAUCCUAUUUCUUUUGAAGACAUUACAAAAUCAUCUGAUGAUGAAUAUAUGCCUGAGAUAGCUGCAAUUACCAUACAAAAACACUAUAAGAGUCACUAUGCAAAACGAGUUUCUGCUGCUACCUUGAUCCAAAAUGAGUUUAGAUCUUACAAGAAGUUUAAGACAAGGAAUGAGGCUCAGGAUUUGAGUGAAGUAAAUGAAAAAUGUCUUUCCAGCCAGGAUACUGAAGAACAAAAAGCUGUAACACUCAUUCAGAGGCAAUAUAGAGCUCAUCUUAUACAUGUGCACUUGUCAGAGAAAAGGAGUAGGGACAACUUGCAUGACAGUCAAGAAUCUUAUAGUUUGGCCAAUAAUAUAGAGAAAGAUGAUGAACAUAUUGAUACUGCCAGUUCUCUUGAGCAAAGCAUAAGUCUGGUAUUGGGCGACGAAGAUAUAAAAUCUGUAACCAGAGGACCAGGUGAAGAGGAAGUUGACAUCGUGGUUGAUGACAGAACAACAGUGUAUAGUGACUCCACUAUUCAAUUUCAGACGACAACUGGAAUGAACAAUCGCGGCUCAAUAUAUAAUAAAAAAAUGGUUGAUGAUAUUCCGUCAAUAGGUGAUGCAGAUGGGGCAUCAAUUGAUGACGAUAUUAUUAAUUGGCACAAGAGUUUAUCAACUAAGGUACCUAGCCAUGGAAUAAGGCCGUCCCCAAAAGCACCUGGUCCAGUGCCUGCACCAUCAAGAGAGCCCGAGUUUAAUAUUAAACCUAGACGCAACUUUGACAAAAAAUGGCCUGAAUCAAAGAAAAAUCAGCAACAAAAAGUCAAAGAUUCACCACGAAAAAAACAAGUCCAAGCAUCACUAGAGAUGAAACGAGUUCAGCGAAAAAAUGAAAAAAAUAAGCGAAAAGACAUUUAUCAUUUGAGUAAUUUACGAAAGCAAGCACCAAACCCAAAAUUCACCGAAGCUAUCGAUAAAAAACAAGAGAAUGGUCCAAAGAAAGUAAAAAAAUCAGAUACUCCACAGAUUAAACAGAACCACCAGUCUAACGACAUUACAUCAGAAUCAGAAAUACUGGAUCCCCGCGAGACAACUGAAGAGGAUUCUUCACCUAAUAACAUACUCUCAGUGGAGACCCGAGGAGAAACACCGCCAUCGGCAUUAGAAGAAGAAGACACGGCUCUGAAGGCUGUUACAUCAGCGUUGAUAACCGACAAUCAGGGCGCAGUCCUUAAACCAUCUAACAACAUCAAUCUCCAAUACUCAAAAUCAACACACCCAAAUGAGAACAAGACGCACCACAGGGCGGAGCAAGUUCAGGACGCGCUUGGUGGGAGAGUUGCGCGGCGUCUCUCUGAUCAGUCUUCUCUGAGUAGUGGUACCCAACAGAUCACUUCUAACAACACUUCCAGCAAUAAAGUAGCUUUAGGGUCGCUGGACAGUUACGCAGUACAGAACAUGCUCAAACGCAACCACCUUCUCACCAGACAGAAAAAUGACAAUCACUCCUACCUACAAACUUACCUGAAACAGAUGAACGUGAUUAAGAGACCUUCCCGAGAGAUGAUCUCCAUAAAUCAAGAGACUACUACUAAUAAGCAGCGUCAGGGCUGGACCAAGAAAAGUUUUACAGGACAACUUCCCGGGAAUUUGGAGAAAAUAGCAAAAUACGGCCGGAACAGUCAACCUGACAAUUGGGAGUCUUUUGUGGAAAACUCACUGGCAGGAGUACCAGAACAGAAAGGAGCCUCUAGAGGGGGCUACUACCCUGUUAUCCCGGGAUACGGUAAAAUGAAAACCGACACCAGUCAGGACUCGAGUGAACUGAACGAGAUACCCUGGCCUACUGAUAUAGGAUGAACUAGAGUUAUAAUAGUAAACUUUUUGGGAUAGAAGUUAAAUGAGUUAUUCAGUUUGUUUUCAGUAUCAAAUAUAUAUUAUGUUGGUUAUAAAAACCUAACAAAUAAGUAGCAAUGAUUUAAUUAUCAGUAAUUAUAACGGAAAGUGCGUAUCAGAUGGUAAAGAUUUCAAGUGAACAAAAAGUGAUCGUUGAUGUAAUGAUAUAUAUAUCGCUGCUUCAACAAUAUGAUAUUGUCGCUCAUCAUUUAAUGAUUUUCAAUUUCAGUUGUCCAAUAUGAAUAUCUUAUACAUCAUAGCUCAUAAAAUUCCGGGGAAAAAACAGUUCGAUUAUACAAUUGUAGGUUUAAUCUUCAGUCUUAAAGUCCGGGCCAGUUCAUCGAACCCACGUGACGUCCACUGUGAUCCCCUCGUGGUGUUCCAGCCUCCAGAUUUCCCCGUCAACGGGUGCUUUGUGAGGCUUGGUAAAGGGUGGGUGCUUCUUGUCCCUGGAUAUCCGCUUUGAGUGAACUGAAGUGUACAUUUUGUUAAAUUCAAGAGUUGUAAAUAUUUAAUUUUUUGUAUACAUAAUACAUCGAUUUUAUUUU